AUGGUUACCACUUCUCAUGACGCUCUAUUGACCGGUUUUGUCUGUGCUGGCCUGUCAAUUAUCAUUCUUCUGGUACGCAUCAUUGCAGCAAGGACCAAACAAGGCCGAUUCGACCUCAGUACAAUCAUUUGUGUUGCCGCCAUUGUCGUAACCAGCGCUCGAAUUGGAGUCAAUCAAUAUGUCCUGAGCUACGGCACUGUAAAUGAUGCCUUGUUCGGAAAGGUCCAUCAGUUCGACACUGAAGACUUGAGAAAGCUCAAGAUAGGAAGCAUUCUCUCAUUGAUCGCCAGAUUGCUGAUCACCACUUUCUACUGGUUACAGAACUGCUUGCUUUUGCUCUUUUAUUCACACAUAUUCCAAGUUCGCGCUCGAUGGACCACCAUAUUGAUUCGUACCUGCUGGAUCGUCAUCCCAACCACUUACGUUGCUGUGGUACUCUCAACCUUCUUAGAAUGUCACCCAUUCAAGUUAUACUGGCAAGUCGACCCUAGCCCGGGCCAUUGCAUCAAAGCCUACAUCCAGCUACUUCUCCAAGCCAUAGCCAAUAUCGUCAUCGACCUACAUCUUUUGGCAAUUUCCGUGCCGCUCUUACUUGUCCAACACCGGACAGUUGCGGAGAGGCUGAGGAUCGGGACACUGUUCACACUGGGCUUCUUCUGCAUUAUCAUUACUUGCAUUCGACUUGCGUACGUCUACGCAGAAUCGUCAUAUCAACCUACACGAAGCCUGUGGGCAUCCGUGCAAAUGCUCGUCUCAUGUUUUGUCGCUAAUGCGCCAACCAUCUAUGGCUCCACCAAGUUGAUCAGAAGGCGCAAAUCCGAACAGAUGCAACGACGUGGUAGUCGACCAGAACUUUGGCUGCACCUUCAAGUGACGAAUGAAGACGUCGGUCCUACAAGCGUACCAGUCUUGAGUCGGCAGCUUACGAGUUCACCAGCAUCAUCAGAAAAAGCAUAUUCACGAUGGGUCCCAUGA